AUGACCAAAGCCGGGUCCUUCGCUGUACACAUACUACGGCCCUCGCCGCGGUCCGCAUUCCUGGCCAGUAAGUUUGCGCAGCUGGGCGCUGCAAACUCGGCAAAGAUCUCCCCGUUUUCGUUCACCCGGAGCCAGAUUACCCUGGCGAAUGCCCCUUUUGGCUCGCCGCUGCUUGGGAGAGAGGAUGAUGUCAUGUUCCGCCUGCAGUGCGAGACGCAUAGAACUAUACAGAUCGAGGAUCAUCAGCUGUGGGUGGGGAAGGUUACGAAGGUGGAUGUUGUCGGCGAGGAGAAGUACGUGGCUGGGACCGGGCCGGAGGAGGUGUUUAGCUUGAUGUAUUCGGAUAGACAUUUUCGGCACGUUGGGGAGACGCUGGUGCCGCAUGAGGGUGCUGCUGUGGAGGAGGAGGUAGAGGAGAGUAUGGAUGAUGGGUCACUUCUGGUCGAGGAGCGCGGGAACGGAAGGUAA